AUGGAUAUUCAGACAAUUCAACCGACACCAUGGGAAUAUGUUCUAUCUUCUCAAUCUCCAAAUGACUACCAAAUUUCUCAAGAGAAUCAUAUUCGUUGGUCUCAGUCUCCAGAUUCUCACAUUUUCUCUGUUGAUCUUCCUGGUUUGAGGAAAGAAGAAAUCAAAGUGGAGAUAGAAGAUUCUAUAUACUUGAUCAUACGAACAGAGACUACGGAGAGACCGAGUUUUAAAAGGAAAUUCCGAUUACCGGACUCGAUAGAUAUAACCGGAAUAUCAGCUGGUUAUGAAGAUGGUGUAUUGACUGUGAUUGUACCAAAGAUGGCUUUGAGAAGGAGAAGUUUCUUCAUUGAACCUUCUGAUGUUCCUGAGAGUCUUCAAGUUCUUGCAAGAGCUGCUUAA